AUGGAAACUCCACUCGAUCUGUGUGUGUGUGUUCCAACAUUCAAGAGGAAGCAUAAUGAGCUGUGCUCGCCAGAUAAGGAUGACCAACUUUCUAAGCUCAUCGACUCGGACAAGAAUCUGCCGGAUUAUGUCAAAAUCAUUUUGUCAGUGCUAAAGGAUACGAGGGAUCAAUUGUUGGCAAUCAAGCAAUGGUGUAUCAAGUUAUCGGAUGAAAAUGACCAACUGAGCUCAUCUGACUUGGUCUGUGCUAAACGUGAAUUGGAAAAAAUUCGUUCAGUCGUAAUUUCUGGGGUUCCUGAGUUUUCCUCAUUCUCUUCCGUAAGAAGAGCGCAUCAUGACUGUCACGCUGUGAAUACCAUUCUUAACUGUCUUGAUGUUGAAUUGACCACCAAUAAUCACCAAUGGAAACUCCACUCGAUCUGUGUCUGUGUGUGUGUUCCAACAUUCAAGAGGAAGCAUAAAGAGCUGUGCUCGCCAGAUAAGGAUGACCAACUUUCUAAGCUCAUCGACUCGGACAAGAAUCUGCCGGAUUAUGUCAAAAUCAUUUUGUCAGUGCUAAAGGAUACGAGGGAUCAAUUGUUGGCAAUCAAGCAAUGGUGUAUCAAGUUAUCGGAUGAAAAUGACCAACUGAGCUCAUCUGACUUGGUCUGUGCUAAACGUGAAUUGGAAAAAAUUCGUUCAGUCGUAAUUUCUGGGGUUCCUGAGUUUUCCUCAUUCUCUUCCGUAAGAAGAGCGCAUCAUGACUGUCACGCUGUGAAUACCAUUCUUAACUGUCUUGAUGUUGAGUGCAUUCCCAUAAAUCUGAAUCUGUCAAAAAUUCUUAUGAAAUUUUGGCUUGUUUCGUUUCGUUUUACCGUGAUGAAAAAAGGGUUGUAUAUCGAGCACCUUGCUGCUCUUUAUGCACUCAUCGAAUGUGAUCUAAGCUCUCUCCGAAACACUAGAGUUUUUGCUGGUGAUUUCAAUUUGCCUAAAUAUGUGUGUGGUCUCCUGAACAGAGAGCAAUGA